CCACAUGGUAUGGGUGCGUGAGGACUAUUAUGCUUUACAGGGGGUCCCAGGUCCAGGUGGGGUCAUGAGGGGCUGCAGCCGUCGAGCUGGAAGAGCUGCAAGGAAAAGGAGGCAGAAAUGUGAAUGCCCUAUCCAGUCAGUCUCUCUGUGUCACCAGCCACAGUAUGUGAGGCUGAUGAAGUUUCUUCACCAGCGAGGAUUCACUUCAGCACUGCUGCAGCCAGCCCUCUUCACUGACACAGGCAGAGGACUUCAGACUCUCAAAACUAUAAAGCCUGGUCAGCUCAUCGUCUCCCUCCCUGCUUCCUGCCUCCUCACAACCUCAACUGUCCUGAGCAGCUACCUGGGACACUAUAUUAAGAGCUGGAAACACCGUCUCUCUCCACUGCUGGUGCUCUGCGUGUACCUGGUAAGCGAACGACACCGGGGAGAGACCUCUGAUUGGUUCCCCUACAUUGACGUGCUGCCAACCUCCUACACCUGCCCCGCCUACUUCACACAGACUGUCCUGGCUGUUCUGCCCGCCGACGUGCAGAGGCGAGCUUUAGAGCAGAGGGAGGCGCUGCAAGAACUUCACUCCUCCAGUCAGGACUUUUUCAGAUCCCUGCAGCCAGUCCUGAGGCAGCCAGCAGAGGAGGUGUUCACAUAUGACGCUCUCAGGUGGGCGUGGUGCAGCGUCAACACACGCUCUGUCUUCAUGUCCCAUCCAUGCAACCACUUCCUGUCUGGACAGGAUGUUUAUGCUUUAGCCCCUUUCCUGGACCUGCUCAACCACCAGCCUGAUGUGCAGGUAAAAGCAGGUUUCAGUGACGUGACAGGAUGUUAUGAAAUCAGAAGUGUUUCCGGGACCACGCGCUUCCAGCAGGCCUUCAUAAACUACGGCUCCCAUGAUAACCAGCGCCUGCUGUUAGAGUAUGGCUUUGUUGCCCCCGGUAACCCACACAGUGUGGUAUAUGUAGAUGCAGAUCUCCUCUGUGAUGUUUUAAAAGGCGACAGGAGUUUGAACCAGAAGAUGAAGUUCCUCAAAGAGAACGACUUCGUUCAAAACCUGACAGUAUCCAGUGAUGGCCCCAGUUGGAGGUUGAUGACGGCUCUCAGACUCUUGUCCAUGCCACAAACGCUGUAUCACCAGUGGAGGGCAGUGUUGCUCGGCCAGGCGGUGUGUGAAGAAGGGGAGGAAUGGAGCGUCCUGAUGGCCGAGAGACUCUGUCAGCGACUACUACGAGACACACGUGCAGCUCUGGAUAAGAUCUCUGAGCUCCUGCAGCAGUGUGACCAGUCAGUCAGGGAGCAGCUAGACGUGGUCCACUCACUACGACAGGAGGAGAGGUGCCUCCUGGGACGCUGUCUUGAAGUGCUGCGAGGCAUGAUGAGACGACCAGAAGAGGAAGAACUGUUGCCGUGCCAACCUGAUGUUGACGCCGUGAGCUGACAUCUGAGCAGAGCGUUUGCCAGUUGCAUCAACAACAAGCAAGGUGAUUUGCUGUAAGUGGUGACGCCGGACAGACCGAGUCACGUGUCCGUCCAACUUUUGUCAAGGAGCUGGACGACUUGACCUCUCAUGCUCGUCGACCGCUUUAUCCUCCACAUGCGGGUCACGGGGGGGCGCUGUGCCAAUCUCAGCUGACAUAGGGCGAUAGGUGGAGGUCACACCCUGGACAGAUCGCCAGUAGAGACAAACAACCAUUUACUCUCACACUCACACCUACGGUCAAUUUAGAGUGUCCAAUUGACUUCAUCCCCAAUUCGUGGACUAUGGGAGGAAGCCGGAGAACCCAGAGAAAACCCACGCACACAUGGGGGG